UAUAAUCUGACAGCGUGCUGAGAUGUUGGCGUGGAUUUUUCUCGACCCGCUUGAGUCCACUUCGCAUUUUGAGCGACGCCCCCAAAUUCCGUGCAGGGUGUUUGCAGACCCUCCGGGACGGAGAGGUGGAGGAGGAAUCGGCAGCUCCGCCGUCCGUGAACGCCACAAUCACCACGCCAUUCCUUAAUGACUUCAUAGCGUCUGUGACAGGACGGUUCGGGCUGAUUUUGGGAGCUCUCCAGGACUGCCAGGCGGCUGCAGAGAAUGGGAAUAGGGACACAGGCCAAGGCUUGCCGUUUUGGCUGAGGUAACAGCAGGACGCCUGUCAGCCCCACAUCAGCUUCAGUCCCUGUAUUUGUCUUCACGCAGACACACGCACACACUGCUAUGUCCACCGCCGUAGACAUCACCGGCUCUUCCUCUCCGGAUCAGGCCCACAGCAGUGCGAAAAUCCCAAACGAGCCACUGAGACCGAGCCUGAAGCACUCCAGCCACCCUUACAGCCUCUCCCACUACAUCUCCGCCCCGUCCCCAGCCGUGGACGUCAAAGGGCUGAUCCAGCCUUCAAUGGCAGAGCAGCAGGCCGUUCAGCCCGGCCACGCGAAGCCACGCCGGGCACCUUCUUGGCCUGACAUGUGGGAGUCACCCAGCGGGCUCCACCUGGCCCACGCCGCAGAGCUGCUGAUGCGCGCCGGGCUCCUGGCUCUGACCCCAGCCGCCACAGAACAGGCUGGGCUCGUCGCGCAGAGCAGCCAGCUGGCUAAGAGCGAGGCUGCAGAGGCGACGAAGGCGGGGAAGGCAGACCGGGCGGGUGGUGGCUCGGGGCCUGACGAGGAGGAAGAGGACUCCUCUGGGUGCGGGACUGAUUUCCAACCCUUCCUGGGAGCCUGGUUCCCCUUCAGCCCGGCUCUGUUUCCACUGGCAGGUUUCCAGAUUGGGGGAGGCCACUGGAGGAGUGCGGCGGUGGGAGCCGAGGGCAUAGAGGGGCUGGUGGCCGAGGGCUACUCUCCCGCUUCUCUGGGCGGGAGCAGCGGCGGGAGGAGGAAGAGAAAACGGUGUGGCGAGUGCGUGCCGUGUCGGCGUCAAACGAACUGCGAACAGUGCAGCAGCUGCCGCAACCGCAAGAGAGGACACCAGAUCUGUAAAUACAGGAAGUGCGAGGAGCUGAAGAGGAAGCCGGGGGGCCCCGGGUUCGAGGGCAGAGUGCCUACAAACUUUACUCUGGGUCUGGCACAGGAGAGGAACAACGGAGCCUUGGAUGGAUAGUGACGUGUGACAUCAGCAUUUGUCAGAGGAUUCUGGUUGAAUGAUUGUUGAAGAGCUGCAGUGUCACAAAAUAAACAAACAAACAGGACGUCUGGUUAACAGAGCCAUAAAAAACAAACAACAAAACAAAACACCAGACCUGCAGUUCGGCUUCAGAAUGUUCACACUCAUCCUUUCUUUUGACAAUCAGUGAAUCAGAGACCAGAGAAAGAAGGAUCCGUGUGUCCGUGUUCAAACGGUGACAGAAAUGCUGUAAAUAGACUGUAAAUAUCUGGGAAAAAAAAAAAAACAUUGUCUUUUUUACAUCCCUUUCCAGUUUGGAUGUACUGUGUUUCAACAUUUAAGGAGAGGAAAGAA